AGUGUAUAACUUUUCCUAUCUUAAAACCCCUAAAAACAAUAUGCCGCUGUACAUCGACUUUGGACAGCAAGGGGCUCUAACUUUUCCCGUCUCGUGGCAACAACACCAACAACAUAAAGAUUUGCCGACCAGAAGUGAUAGGAAGAUGUUGUUAUGCAUUUGGAAUGAUACAUCGCCAGUUCAUGCUGCAUAAUUUCCAUGCCAGGAAGAUAAAUUUACCAUGUUCAUAACAGUUCGAUAUGGUGAUGGACAGGAAUUGCUUUUCAAUCCAAAAUGCAGAAUAAAUGUUCUUCUAGAAAGUAUAAAGACUAAAUGCAACUGUGACAAAGGAGUUAUAAUAGAUUUGUGCGAUGAAAAGGGGAACAUGAAGAAGCUUUUUGAAAAUCCAGAGUCAUAUGCAAAUGAGUUCCUAUCGGAAAGAGACUCCUUUAUUCUGAUAAAGGUUGAAAAAAGAGAAGGACAGGAAAGUUACAAACUCACACCUCUUAUAAAUGAAUUGUUUACUACAACUGCAUUUCUGGAUGCACUAACACAAGCUGAAAAAGAUGCUGGUAGCCUGAAAAACUCUAUCAAAUCAAAUAGCCGUCAAGGAAAGAAGAAACAAAUCCCUUCUAAGGUUAAAGUAGCAACACCAACAUCAUCCCAAUCACCAAGACAAGAAAGAGACAAGUCUAAUCAAAUCAAAACAUCAAAAAGUAGCAACCGUAAGGUUUAGCAUCAUGAUUAGAUAGUCUUUCAUACUGCCAUCCUUCCCCAAUGAUUCAUGAAAUAGUUACCAACUACAAUGUGACAAUGGUGCUAAAAGUUACAGGAAGCAAUAAAUGAUAAAAAUUGUUUGUGGCAUAGGGAGAAUGUGAAAGGUAGAGAGAGGUAGAACAAUCUUAAACUUCUUCAUUACUUUUUUUAGAAAAGGGUGACCCCUCCACGUGCAGUUUCCCAAUUAGUGAUCAUUUUGACUGGCUUGUAACAGUUUUAGAAUACUUUAAUGCUUAUUGUUAUCUGAAUCAAAUGAAACCAGGUGCCUUGGUAUCAAAGGGUGUAUGGUGUGUGACACCACCUAAUUCCUAAUGUUUGGUUGGUAAAUCUUCCGUGGCCCACAAAAUCUUUAGUCUAUCUGUAAUCCACCUCUGAGUAAGUGAAAAAGCACCCCUGUUUUUCUUCCUAUAUGUCUUUGUUGACAAAUUUUGCUAGUAGGGACCUUCAAUCACCUUAGUUUGGAUGGUCAAGCUAUGCCACCAAAUCAAACAGAUUAUUGCUUUACACGCCAGGUCUUUGUAUUUUUUUAAACAAUCAAGGUUCAGCCACCCCAGCCUCCUUUCACCUGUGUUCACAGGAGCUGUAGAUAGUAGUUUAAAAGAAUUUUAGAGGAUGGGUAUAGAAACUGUAAGCCAUUUUGCCUUAUAUAUACCACAGCUCUCAAAGUACUUAUUGUCAAAGUAAUGCUCAAGCUGUUAAAACUGGAGAAA